AAUGACUCAUUCAUGGACGUUCACUUAGUCCAACUUCAUGAAUCCUAUGUCCUUCGCAUACUGACCGAAACACUGGCGGCACCGGUUGAGGCCGUAUUUCCGGGUCAGACCGUGGAGGUUUGAGCAAACACAGCAAGAACGAGAACCCUGGCCGACUUUCCUCGGAUGGCUUCAGUAGAGCUGCUGGUGACCCAUCUGAGGCUCUUUGUAGCAACGAAGCGAACAGGCUGUCCAUUGUCUUUUUGCACCAAAGAUAACAUACCUUUGGAAUGUCGGGUUAAAUUUUUUUUCCAGACCCCUCAGGACCCAAUCUCCCAUAGAGCAAGCGAUUUCAGAGCUCGUCAUUGUUAUUGUCAUCACAUUAAUUAUUAACUGUCAACUGUCCUAUCCCACCUUCGUAGAAGAAGUAUGUGACUAUUUCUUUUACUUUUUACCCAGUCCUAGAGAAUUCCCUGCUUUGCUUUCUCCCCCUUCCCUAAUCUCUCACCAGUGGAUUUGAUGUAACCCUCCUUUUCUUUGAUUCUGAUGUGUAAAAUAAGGUGCAGAACUGCUGUUCUGUAAAGCAGUCUUAAUCCGUUCUUAUUCUGCUUCCUGGCAAUUAUUUUCAGUUUGACUCAAAUAAACUCAGAAAAAUUCUCUACAGGUUUGGACGUAUCUUAGGAUGACACCAGGAACAAUAAAAUAAUGUUCUUUUAUUCUAGGAAGAAGCAGGGGGAAGCUGCAGGGUUGGGUAUCAGCAUUUCCUGGGACAUACCUGACUGAAGACAGAUUUCUGAGCAGAAGUUUAGAGCAGACCCCGAACACACCAAGACAGAGCCUCCCAGUUACCAGCUCUUUUCAGAGAACAGAAGAACAUGCUCCAGGCUCAGGAAUCCCUGACAUUUCACGAUGUGGCCGUGGAGUUCACCUCAGAGGAGUGGCAACUCCUGGACCCUGACCAGAAGGACCUGUACAGGGACGUGAUGAUGGAGACCUACAGCCACCUGGUGUCCGUGGGAUAUCAAGCCCCCAAACCAGACGUGCUGUCCAAAUUAGAACGAGGGGAGGAACUGUGGAUAGUACAGGAUGAACUCCACUGUCCAGUCUUUCCAGAGCUCAAGCAAGUUGACGAUCCUCUGCAUUAUCACUUGCAAAAUCGAAACCUUCAGAAUAGUGUGGAACAAUGCUGUGAACAUAAUAUAUCUACAAAUGUUAAUCAAAGUGAAGGUCAUUUCCUACUAAAGCAAAAUCAUGAUAUGUUUGAGAUUUGUGAGAAACCUUUAAAAUCAAAUUUAUGUUUUGAAAACCAAAACAGAAGCGGUAACUUAACUAAUUCUGUUGAGUUGAAUGGAGAAGGGACAGGCAUUCUGCAUGGCAACCAUGAACAAUUUUACACUGAAAUUAAAUUUCCUGUCAAUAUGAAAAACAUCAAUAACAAUUCCCAGGUUAUAAAGCAACAGAGAACUCAGGACAUAGAGAAAGCCCACGUAUGUAUUGAAUGCGGGAAAGCCUUCGUCAAGAUAUCUCAGCUCAUUCAUCAUCAGAGAGAUCAUAUUAGAGAGAAAUCUUAUGGAUGCAGUCUGUGUGGAAAAGCCUUCUCCAGAAAAUCCAGCCUCACUGAACAUCACAGAAUUCAUACAAGACUGAAACAGUAUGAAUGCACUGAAUGUGACAAAACAUUCCUCAAGAAAUCACAGCUCAGUAUACAUCAGAAAACUCAGAUGAGAGAGAAGCCUUAUAUUUGUGGUGAAUGUGGGAAAGUGUUCAGAAAGAGGCACCUCAUUUAUCAUCAGCAAACUCAUACAGGAGAGAGACCUCAUGAAUGUAGUUUGUGUGGCAAGACCUUCUCUACAAAGUCUAAUCUGAAGAAACAUGAAAAAACUCAUGUAAGAGAAAGACCUUAUAUAUGCAGUGAAUGUGGAAAAGGCUUCAUCCAGAAGUGUCGUUUUAUUGCACAUUAUCGAACUCACACAGGAGAGAAACCGUAUUUAUGUAACGUAUGUGGGAAAGGCUUUGCUGUUAUGUACACUCUUACCAUACAUCAGCAAACUCAUACAGGAGAGAAACCCCAUGGAUGCAGUCUAUGUGGGAAGACCUUCUCUACAAAGUCUAAUCUCAGUAAACAUGAGAAAAUUCAUACAGGAGAGAAACCUUAUACAUGCAGUGAAUGUGGAAAAGGCUUCAUCCAGAAGUGUCACCUUGUUGAACAUCAUCGAACUCAUACAGGAGAGAAACCAUAUAUAUGUAAUGAGUGUGGCAAAGACUUUGCCUUGAUGAACAGUCUUACCAGACACCAGCAAACUCAUACAGGAGAGAAACCUUACAUAUGUAAUGAGUGUAAGAAAGGCUUCAGCAGAAAGAGCCUUCUCUUUGAACAUCAGCGAACACAUACAGGGGAGAAGCCAUAUGUAUGUAAUGUAUGUGGAAAAGGCUUCACCAUGAAGGGUAAUCUCAAUGUACAUCAGCGAAUUCAUACUUUAGAGAAACCGUAUAUGUGCAAUGAAUGUGGGAAAAGCUUCACUGUGAAUAGUUCUCUGAUUUUACAUCAACGAACUCACACAGGAGAAAAACCCUAUGUAUGUAGUGAAUGUGGGAAAGGCUUUCCUGUGAAUAGUUCUCUGAUUUUACAUCAGCGAGUUCACACAGGGGAAAAACCCUAUGUGUGCAACGAAUGUGGGAAAGGAUUCACUGUGAAGCGUUCUCUGAUUUUACAUCAGCGAACUCACACAGGAGAGAAAACCUAUGUAUGUAGUGAAUGUGGAAAAGGUUUUCCAGUGAAGAUGCAGCUGGUUUUACAUCAGCGGUCUCAUAGAAGAGAGAAACCAUAUAUGUGUAAUGAUGUGGGAAAGGCUUCACCAUGAUGAACCAUCUCACCACACAUCAGCGAACUCAUACAGGAGAGAAACCCUACAUAUGUAAUGAGUGAGGGAAAGACUUCACCAGGAAGGGUUUUCUCAUCAAACAUCAGCAAACACAUACAGGGGAGAAGCCCCAUGUGUGUAGUGUAUGUGGAAAAGGCUUCACCGUUAAGAGUAGUCUCACUGUACAUCGGCGAAUUCAUACUUUAGAGAAACCAUAUACAUGCAAUCAAUGUGGGAAAGGCUUUACUGUGAAGAGUUCUUGGAUUUUACACCAGCAAACUCACACAGGAGAGAGACCCCAGGUAUGCAGCGAAUGUGGAAAAGGCUUCUCAAGAAAGAUGCAGCUGAUUUUACAUCAACGGUUUCAUACAGGAGAGAGACCUUAAUGUGUGUAGUGAAUGUGGGAAAGGUCUUACAGUGAAGAGUCAUCUCAUCAGACAUCAGCAAAAAAUAUAUAGGAGGGGAGCCCGAUGUGUGUAAUGGAUAUGGAAAAGACUUCACUGUGCAGAGCGAUCUCACUUUACAUCCGUGAACUCAUACUUAAGAGAAACCUUAUGCUGUAAAACCAACAUAAUGGACUAAUCAGAAGAUGAGUGGAUAAAAAAGCUGGGGAACGUUUAUAUGAAGGAAUACUAUGCAGCAUAAAAAAAGUAUGCAGCAUAAAAAAAGAAGAAUCUCUUACCCUUUAAGACAGCAUGGAGGGACCUGGAGAGUAUCAUGGUAAGUGAAGUCAGUCAGUCAUAGAAGGAUAAAUAUUACAUGAUCUCACUCAUAUUUGGAAUCUAAGUAACAAGUAAACUGAUGAACAGAGUGGAUCCAGAGACAUGGAAGCAUUAAACAAAGUGUGGAAACUUGUCAGGAAGGUGGUGGGAGGGUGGGUGGGUGGGUGAGAGGUAAUCAACCAAAGGACUUGUAUGCAUAUGUGCAUAACC